AUAAUGCCUAGCCUCCUCUUGUUCUACCUUCUAGGAAUCUGGUUGCCACAGGGCCACCUUUGCAGAUCAGCCAGGGGUGAUGAUGCAUGGCUGGAUCAUGUGAUUAAAGCAUGUGGUCGUGAACUAUCCCGAAACUAUAUCGAAGUCUGUGGCAUGACCUACUUCAGAAGAGAAAGGCAGAGACAGGCAGGAGCCUUUCUGAGUUUGGAACCAGCAACAGAAACUGUGCCAUCCUCCAUCGAGAAAGACACAGAAAAUGUCACUAUGAUACUGGAAGACAGUCCUAAUUUGUCAGAGGAACUGAAGGCACCACUCUCUGCGAAGCAACCAUCAUCAGUUCUAUCUGAACAACACACACCUACACUGAUGAAUUUAAGUCUUAGUUUGGAAGAAUGGAAGAAAAUGGCUCCUAAUGACCAAGCACAAGUGGAAGAUAACAGUCCUUCAGAAUUAAAAUCCUUGGGCUUGAGUACUCAGCGCCGAAGAAAGAGGGACAUUGGUAAAAGACCCAGUGAUCAAUGCUGUAAUUUUGGUUGUACUAGAAGAUUUAUUGCUGAAUUGUGCUGAGAUAAAGUUAAUUGUACACA